AUGAAAGGCAGGGAGGAGCAAUCGUUUGUGAGAUGGAGAUCUCACUUCGACCGAGAUGGAGGCGGCUGCCUCAUGAGCCACCUCGUCGGGUGUCUCGAAAUGACUCUCGCCAUAUUUGAACAAUGCACCGAACCGCUGGCCGACAAUACCAGCGACGCCGAGUCUGAAACCAUCACGAAGAAACCGAAAUACCCCAGGCGCUCUAGAGCAAAGGCGGCGGUCGCCGCGCGUGUUCAACGCCAGAGCAUGGAGCUGUUUCAAUCCGCCUUCGACCAAGUUCGUGGCAUCGUGGUCAACUCCGGCUUCAAGUCCAUCCUUGACCUCCCGUUUGGAGAAGAGAAGAAAAAAAGAGUCACGCGUCCAGCGCCAAACAAGCCUGCUUUCAUUUUGCCCCAGCGUUUGAAUAACCAAGGGCCAUAUGGCUGGUCAGACCGUCUUACUAAUGUAUCGCGCAAGAUGAUGUAUGUCUCUGGUGAGACCGCCGAACCGUCGAUUGAGACGACUAGCAUGAUUGAGGACAUUGUGCGCCAGCAAGUCAUUGAGCUGCUUCGAAACUGCACUGAGCUUGCAGCUCGCCGCGGCGCGCGAGCCAUCACGAUUAAUGACCUGAUUUUUCAAAUUCGCCAUGAUCAAGCCAAAGUUUCUCGCCUGCGUACGUUCCUCUCAUGGAAAGAUGUCAGAAAGAACGUCAAGGAUUCCGACGACAAGGGAGGUGAAGCGGACCUGGGAGCUGGUGAAGACCCCAGCGGUGGCGUGGUCCCCGGUGGCCCUGUAGACGACGCGACCAAGAAGAACAAAAAGGCCAAGGUCGGCCUGCCCUGGGAGCCGUCCUCUUUCUACAGCCAGGAAGUCCCUGAACGUGACGACGAGGAGGAUGAAGAAGAGGAAGAGAUGAACUUCAUCACCCUUCAACGUCUCCGCAAGGCCGACGAGCGCACUAAAGCCAUGACGAAGGAGGAGUACGUGACAUGGUCCGAAUACCGUCAAGCUUCGUUCACGUACCGCAAGGGCAAAAGGUUCCGAGAAUGGGCUGGAUUUGGUAUUGUAACGGACAGCAAACCUUCCGACGAUAUCGUCGAUAUCUUGGGUUUCUUGACCUUCGAAAUGGUCCAGACCCUAACCGAGCACGCGCUUAAGGUCAAGGAGCAAGAGGAUCUGUUCAAGGCACAGAGCGGCGGUGAAAAUGCAGGAUCAAAGAAGCGCAAGGUGGCCACCGGCCUGUUCGACCCGCCCAGCGAGGGAAGAAGUCCAAUUGAGCCUCGUCACGUUCAGGAAGCUUUCAGACGCCUCCAGCAGCGACCCAAGAAGACUCGGGCCAUGCUGAAUGGUACCCGGCUUCCACAGCAUACCGCGCUCAAUAUUUUCUGA